AUGAUUUAUAAUAUUAUUCCCAAAUAUAUAGCCAAUGCUAAACUUCAAAACACAUCUACCCCUCCAUCUCUCAAUCUCGCCCAUCCUUCUAUCUUUCUUAACCCAUCCCUUUCUACUCAAAGAACAAGUCCUGACUGGCUACCUCCAGAUGCUCAGCCAGCACACAGAAGUAUGACUUGACCAACCAGACUAGAAGAUAAUAGGAAUACCAAUAAUUUUGAGGUCAGCCAGCAUCAGAUGGGAGUAUUAUUGGCUGCCAAUAAGGACAAGAAAAGUUUGGGAUUCAUUAGCUGUAAACUUGACUUGUCCUCGGUGCCCCAGUUUGGAGGGGCUCUUCAAGGAAGUACUAUAGAAGGAUUAGAUUUGAAUGGUUGAGGGCUGAGUGAACUUGGAGAUUGGGAAAACAACCCUUCCCAUUUUGAAAAUUUAAUUGAAGGCUUGGCCAAGGAACAAGAUUUUAAAAACAAUCUGAAAAUGAUUGUGUUGUAGGGCUGUGGGAUGGAAAAGAGUCAGAUUGGAGAGAUUUUGAAGAAGCAUCUGUUUG